AUGCGAAGACGGAGGCGGCUGUGCGAAGCUGUUGCGGGAGCAUCCCGCUCCAGUGCCGUCCUGCGAACCGCAUCGGCGCCAGUUCAACGACACCUCUCCACUUCGCGGGUGGCUGCUUCCAAGGACCCUCAGCUGGGCGACUACCCGGACCUUCCUUUCGUCAGCCAGCAGCAGCGCAAAUACUCGCCCAAGUGGUGGGAUCCGCAAGAGAAGCGUAACUUUGGAGAGACCCCUCACGAGCAAGACGACGUUCUCUCCGUCUGGGCACCCGACGUUCAUGCUGUACCUGCUUCUUCGGCGCUGCGUCAGUUCCUGGUUGCCAUCGGUGUAGUUGUUCUCUUUGGUUCGACAGUCUAUGCUGCUACUCCGGAGAAGCCGGCACUUCCAAGGGCUCCUAAGGAAGGUGCUUUCAGCGCAGAGGCAGAAGAGGAGGACGAGGAUGAAGAGCGCACUGUUUGCCCAGUCAGCAAGUGUAUGACGCUCACCAAAAUGCAUACACGGCAAAACGGAACGCACUACAACCUUUUCAAUUCUCUCACACGCUACGCCCAGGAAGAUUCUGAUAACAUCUCCUCCCGACCAAAGCGCAAACGCACUACCACGGCAACAAGAUCGCCUCCCGCCGACCCACUCAGAACCAAUAGGUUGAAGCAAAGAUACCCCCUCGGAGACGUAUGGAGCUACAGCUGGCCGUUGCCGCUUCCUCAACUACCGGAGCACUCGCAAACACCAAGCGAGAGAGUGGCAGAGAUAGUGGAGCGAAUGGUGAAGGGUACAUUUGAUGCAGACUACACCAUGUUUCGGUCACCGCAGUGGGCGAGGGAUCACAGGAUCAGUCAAGAUCAUUUGGAAAGGAUCGUUGUAGAUCCCAAGGAGGUGGAUGAGAGUGCGACGGCGGCGAAAGCGUUGGUCGAGACGGUCCUGGGAAGGGUCAUUGCCGGAGUCAAGAAGGGAGCGAUAGGUGUGCAAGGUUCGGGUUCAAAGCAUUUGCCGGUAGACGUCUCGUCUCCAGCCGCAAGCUCACACAGGCAGCAGGCAGAACCUACCGGCGCUCAUUCCGAGGCUGUCGCUGUCGAGGACCCCGAGCUGGACGAAAGAGAGCUGGAAGAAGAGAUGGGUCGAGGCGACAAUUACGCCAUGGAUUGGAGAUCCUUGCUGAAUUACCUGGAAUCCACAGCGGGCACCUCGAAAACCUCGCAAUGGAGGAACUGGCAUCUGCUCAACGCCAUCGCAAAGACCAAACUACGGUGUGAGGAGCUGUUUGGUCAACAGUAG